AUGUCUAGUCAAACACCCCUAAACCCUACGUUCCAGGGCCAUGUAGCCACCACCUGGGAUGCCCUUCUGCUCUUCGAAGCCUGCUUGCUGGGUCAAAUUAACCACGUUCCUCGACGCCCACAUGACCGAGAACGUCAAGAGCUCAUUUCGAGCGGCAACAUCUUCAUCUACGAAGAGCACGCCUCGGGCAUCAAGCGCUGGACAGAUGGCAUCUCUUGGAGCCCAAGUCGCAUCCUCGGCAACUUCCUCAUCUACCGCGAGCUAGACAAGCCCUUUCCUCCCGGUGAAAAGAAGCGUGCCCUCAAGAGGAAACGAGGUUCCCAGGGCGUCAACAAGGCCACUCCUCGGUCCAACUCGACUGUGCUAGACCCAGCCGCCAUCGCCCGGGACCCAGAGAGGUCGCUGGUCGGUUCUCUGGUGGACUCUUACCUGUUCAAGGAAAGGGGUCUCGUCAAGAAGACCAUCAGCAUCACCUAUCAAGGCGUGCCACACCACCUGGUCAGCUACUACAGCAUAGAGGACGUCGACAACAAGGCUCUGGUGACCCCGAGCGAGUCCGAGUACUUUCAAAACAUCAAGCCUCGCACCGAGCUCGUCAUGUCGCAGAACUUCCGCAAUCCUGUGGAUGAUGUUCCCUUGUAUUCACAGGAAGAGAAUGGCUUCAUGGGUGUCAACACGCAAUACUUUCCCCUGAGCCACGUUGCCAACUUCUCGCCGCACGCCCAUGUUGCCGACUACGGCUCUCAAGUCAUGAUGUCUCAAGCCCUGCCGGUGUCGGCCAUGGCUGUCGCCCCUGCCUACUCUAGAGCAGACUACGAUUACCUUCAGCAGCAUCCGGCUCGCGAUCACUUUGAAGCUCAGGUCGAAGCACAAGUGGAGGCUCAGGCACGCUAUGCCCAUCGCCACCAUUCGUUUCAAUAUCACGAUCACCUUCAGCAAGGUCAAUUGCCACAAGAUGCAUUGCACCACCAGCAGAUACAACAACAGCACCAGAUGCAUCACCAGCAGCUGCUGCAGCGCCAACAGCAGCAGCAGCAGCAGCAGAUGCAUGAAAUGCAGUUGCAGCAACAUCAUCAUCAACAACAACAGCAGCAGCAGCAGUUUCAUCACCAACUGCAGCAGCAGCCGCAGCCCGACGAGCAGCGGCAGAACCAGCUUCCAUCACCGCACCCGCAAGACGAGCAGCAAGACGAGCAGCAACAGAACGGCGAAGACUAUCCCUGGAACAGUUAUAAUGGUGCCACCAACGAGUUCUACUUUCACCAUUAA